CCCGACUUGGGCCGGCUUGGUUUAGUCGACUAGUGACAGUGUUAGCGGGAAGAUGAAGUCAAGUUUAAAGCUCAAACACGCAGGCGUGAUUUUGCUGGCAUUGAAUUGCGUCUUACUUUGCUCAGCGCAAGGUGGCAAUGGCGGCGCCGGCGGCUGGGGUGGCGCGGCAGGCUCGCCUGGGGCACCGGGUGCACCGGGCAGUAGUGAUUUUGGCUACGGCUAUGCUGGCGUAGACAGUCGUGGUCAUGCGUAUGGGGGCGCUGGUGGCAAUGGCGGCUAUUAUGUUGGCGGCCUGGACGACCAAGGCAGACGCUUUUCAUACAGUGGCGGCGCGGGUGGUAUGCCGGGUAUGCCAGGCAUGCCGGGCGGCUACCCGGGUGCGCCUGGUGCACCGUUAGGACCAGUUGGACCAGGCAACUACCCUGGCUACUAUGAUCAGCGCUACCGAUCGUCAGCGAAUGCUAAGUUUGCGCAGACGCACUGCUUGUUGCUGCUAAUAUCGUUCGCUGUGCUUUCGCGAUUUUUGUGAAAUGAAUUAGACAUUUUUGUAAAUACAAAAAUCUUUUGUAAACCUUAGUUGUAAUGUUUUUAUUACAUUCAUUUUCCCUUCCAACACUCGCAUAACGCACUAGUUUAUAAUUAAAUAAUUAAACUUGUAUCUAAAAUUAGUCACCGUAUUUUAUGUUUGUUAUUUUUGUUUUUGUAAUCUAAAAUAGAAACAAUAAAAUAUAUUUAAUUGCACUGUAAA